AUGUCAUUCUUCAAAUCAUUUCUGAAAUAUACGCCAUUGAGUCAGAGUCCAACCAGUGAUGGUGCACCUUUACCACCCCCAGCAACACAGCCCGAAUCUUCCAAUUCACUCAAAGCCAGACUCCAGAAACUAAAUCCAUUUCGCAGUCAGUCGGUAUAUUUAGAAGACGAUGACAAUUAUGUCACAUCGGAGCCUGGGAUGUUUGAACUAUCAAGAUGGGACAGGAUGCUAGUUUUUGCACUAUGCUUUGCCGGUGCUCUUUGCUGUUGGCUUAUUUGUAUCUUUUUGUUUCCCGUUUUGACUUUGAAACCAAGAAAGUUUGCUUUGCUUUGGUCUUUGGGCCUGAUCUUCUUUCUCAUCAGUUUUGGUGUAUUGCAAGGAGCACAAGCUUACUUGGUCCAUUUAUUCUCAUCGACAAGAAUCAUCUUUACGAUUGUUUUUGGCGCUAGUAUAAUCUUGACUUUGAUUAGCAGUUUGAGCUUGAAAAGCACACUAUUAUCGAUCAUAUUUGCUGCAAUUCAGUUAGUAGCAGCAUUGUGGUACACGGUCAGCUACUUUCCAUUGGGAAGGCAAACCCUCAACUUGGCCGGAGGCGUUGCUAGGGGACAAGUAGAAAACUGGAUCAAUUCAUAG